AUGGCAUCCAAGGAACACAAAGGUAUAUGUUCUGACCGUGUUCGUGGUUCAUCGGCAGUCAAUGUUGAUCUUCUCGAGUGUCCGAUUUGUCAUGUUCUACUCUGGAUACCAAUUACUUGUCAACGAUGUGAAACAUCUUUCUGUUCAGCAUGUAUUAACCGAUGGGUUGCUGCUAAUCCGGGGAAAUGCCCAAAUCGAUGUAAGAUAUAUAUCGAACGAAAAUGUCCGUCAUUCAUUGUUAAACUACUUGGUCAAUUGCAAAUUGCUUGUUACUAUCAAUCGAAAGGUUGUGAACAGGUCAUUCCGUAUGAGGCACUGGACAAACACGAGAGCGAAUGUGACUAUCAGCCUCAACAAUGUUCUGGCUGCCGAUCUGAAGUGUUGAAGAAAGAUUUCGAUAAUCAUACGAGUGGCUGUGCUGCAAUUGAAUUAACUUGUCAAGAUUGCAAACUCGUUUACAAACGAGUUGAUGCUGCUACGACGCAUACAGAAAACAUUUGUUUAAGAGAACAAACUAAAGAAAAUAUACAUCAGAUAAGGCAACUCACUCUUCAACUACAUGAAAUGCGCCUAUUGCUUCCUUCAAUAACGAAAGCAAAGAUUACAUUCAAUGAUUUACCCAUGGCUGAUCAGAAGUCUAAUUUUAUUCCAGAUAUGUAUAGAGGGUUGGAAUGGAAUAAAAUUUAUUAUACACAGAGAUUACACCUGAAGAAAAAUCUUCUGAACAAUGUACAUGUCCCUUCUCUUACAGCUAGCAAUAGUCGACACGUGGCCUGGUUUACAGAAAAAGCAGCGAUCAGCGCUGAAAAUGUAAAUGGAAUUUUUACAUUUGUUUCUCUUACUGUAUAUGGUGCGUGGAACGAUGGCAUGCAAUUAUUGAUCACAGGACAUCGAAAUUCAAUACUGGUCAGCAAAUAUACAACAGCAGUUCUCUGGUGUAAACCACAACUUGUUCUUCUUAACUGGCAAGACAUUGAUAAAGUCAUUCUUCAACCGUUGCGUGACACUCGACAUCCAGAGAAUCGUGCUACGAUAGGUAGAGCACCCAUUGUACUAGAUCAGGUGACGAUUCGUUGA